AUAAAUUCUUUAGUUAAAAAUUCGAUUAAAUGAAAGAUUUAUGGAUUUCAUAACGAACAUUAAUAAAUGUUAUUACAUUUACUGCAGUUCCUGCAAUAACCAGAAUCCGCAAUAGUAGCCGAGUGGGGUAGGAAUAGUGACCACCAAGUCGAUUUUCGCGAGUUCAAAUCUUAGUGCGGUAGAGUUUACUUUGGUCGUAACUCGAGUAAAGGCCCUUAACGAUUGGGCACAUACCGUCAGGGUAACGGCAAUCUCCGCAUCCCUUUGAUUUUUUUCACUUCUUCAAUAUCAAGUAUUGAAUAACAUUAUAUGAUGAAAUUAUAUCGAAAUCUUCGCUUGAUUCAAUAUUAUUUCCCUUCUCGGCUGGAGUUAGUGUAAGUUAAUCGUGUUCAUUUUCGAAUCUGACCUAACAUUCUCAUAAGAACAGGCGCGUUAAAUGCUGGCUUUCUGGUCCCGUUUCAAUCUUGCUUGCUCCCCGUUCUCUUUCCUGUUGGCUUAAUACAAGAGAUCCUAAGAAAAAAAAUGAAGAACAAGCGCAAAGAACUGUAAUGAAAAUUGGAAUAUCUAGCUUUAUAGAGAACUAAAAAAGUUGACAGUUAAAAGUCUGACAAAUAGUGAUAGACUUUCUGCUCUUUGUGGGCUUUUAGUGCUCUAUAUAUAUAUAUAUCUAAAAUUUAUUCUUCGCUUUUUGUUGUCUUUUAUUUUCCUACUUCGGGAAUUCCUACAGCCAGAUAGACCAUAGUUAAGUGAAUCCUACGUAGGUGGUUAGUAGUGCUAUUCCAUAUCACACUAGGCUAGGACUAGGUUUACGGAGAUCCAAGCCUGGUGGGAUUACAAUAUAUUCCCAUUUAAUAUUUUCUACAGUCAAGAAAACAAAGAAAAAAAAGAAAUUCAACAAAACAUUCAGACAAUUUUCAUAUUCUGGCUGUUAAGAAAUAUAUACUUUUGGUUUUCGUACCAUAUAGGAAACUCUCUUGUCCGUAAAAUAAAAUUUUCAUAGCUCAGUGUCAAAAAAGAUACACAUUGAAUAAAACUUUUUUUGAAAAUGUUUUAAUUUAUUUUUUGAAAGAAUUUCUCAAUUUUCAUACAAUUUGCUAAGACUUGAUAAAAUAAUUCAGUUAAAGAAAAGCAGAUACUUAUAUAUAAGAAAAUAUUGUGAAAAAGCCUUCGAGUCUACAAAAUUCCAAUAUGGAUGAAGAAAACCAAUUAAAAUAUCAUCAUGAGUUUAUAGUAAGCAGUGAUCGUAAAAGUUUGUUUACGCAAAUUAAAAAUUUGGUCGCUCGAGCCCAGGACAUAGCCAAUAGGGAACUUAGUGAGCGACGCAUUGCAUUGCAAAAAUUAAUCGAAUAUGAAGAUAAAAUCUAUGAAGAAGAAUUUGCCCGUAAGGUGAAGUCACGUAUUGACGAGGACAUUAAAGAGCGUAAGGAUGCUUUGCUAAAGAUUAAGGAGGAAAGCGCUAAACAUGAGCUGGAAUUUUUGAAAUCGAAACGUAUACAACAGUAUAUGAAUAGUUGCUACGAGAUACGAGAAGCGCUGCGUCGUCAAGAAAUGCAAAAUGUUAAGAUAUGCCAGCUAGAGCAGAUCGUAGAAAAGGAACGAGCUAUUAAACGCGAACGUGAUUUAGAGAAAUAUUGGCGAAAUGUACAAAAAGCUAGACUCGAUCGAGAGGAUCAUCUGCUACGGGAGGAGAGUUGUCUGAAGAAAGCUUUAGCCAAAGAUAUUACUGAUACAUUGAAUAUACAAAUGGAAGAGCGUGAAGAGAAACGUGAGGAAGUACGUCAAGAGAAACUCGAAGAGAAGAGAAAGUUGGACACAUUACUGGAAGAAAUACGUUUGGAAGAGUUUGACAAGAGAUUACAAGGCACACCUCUCAAAACUCUCGAAUAUCGUAAAGAUUUAUUGGAUAUGAUUGCUGAAAAUAAGGCGCGAAAGGAGAAAGAAGACCGAGAAGCAGUUGAAUAUCACUGUAAAAUGAUAGAAGAAAUUCAACGUUUGGAAGCUGAAGACAUUUUGGCUGCACACGAACGUAAACAGGCGUUCUAUAAGGCCACCAUUGAGUAUAUCGCUUAUGUGAAACGCAUGAAACAAUUAGAAGAGCAACAAGAACGCAUGUACAAUGAUCGUAUCGAUGAUCUGAGCAGCGUGGACACGUGCACAAAGAGUAAUAUAAAGCGCGAAAGAGAGCGAAAAGCGAGACUUGCCGAAGCUUGUUAUGCCGAGUUGCGUAAACAAAUUUGCGAACAAUACGAGAGACGUUUACGCGACGAAGCUGAACACCGCGAAUGCAAAAUGAUGGAAAAUCGUUUCGCGCAUGAAGAAAUUACACGCGAACAGAUAUUAGAACAACGUCGAAAGAAUCGGAUCGCCUUAGAUCAACAAAUUGCACAACUCAAGCGCAUACGUGAAGAUGAGGAGGCGAAAUUCAGCAAAGAUGUUAAGCGGGCUAGCAACGAUCCGGAAUUUUGUGCGGAAUUGGCUGAACAGUACAUUAAGGCCGGCACUGAUUAUUUAGAUCCCCAUCCCAAUUGGCGAAUAUUGGCUUGUCCCACUAAAACCUAUAUACCGAAACCACCAGCAAAUGAUUUAACGGAACUAACUGGUCACGGCGACACAUGUAUCGUUCCAUGUGGCUGCGAGGCUCGGGCAAAAAUGAACUGCCUACCCAAACAGCUUGAUGGUAGAGGUGAUCAGGUCAAAUAAAAUCAAAAAAAAAAAUAAAAAAAAUAUGUAGUCGGUUUUUUUUCCCCCUAUUUAGAAUCCCUUUGUAUUAUCGUAUCAUCUUUUUUAUGCCAUAAUCUAAUUAAAUCAUUGAAGUUUUUUUCCAAAUUUUCUAAUAGUAAGUGUUGUUGCUAAUAUUCGAUUACGAUCAAGUUAUUUAAACUACUCGAAAGAGAUUAAAGCGAAGUGAAUAUUAAGACACUAAUGUAUUAAUAGUUAUUCAUCAUAUCAGCCAGAAGCCUGGUAUAUUACCAUACCUUAAAGUUAUAAAUUUUGUUUUAAGCCAAUAGCUAACACUAAGCGAAUGUCAAGAGCAUAAGAGACUGUAAUCUAAAGAAUUUAACUCAAUGACACACUGCUCUCCUUAUAUGGUUGGAUUUGUGUAUUAAGUAAAAAAAAAACAAAAAAAAAUGAAAAAAAAAAAUCGCUUAAAAUGCAGACUCACGCAUAUAUGAUAGUAACAAUUGUGGUUCAAUCGUCUCUUCCCUGCUAGACCCUAAUGCCGAAUACCGCAAUACUUCAGAACAAAUUUGUAUUCGUCACAUAACAGCAGCCAAGUUAACAACGCUUUGACAAGUAAAGUCAUCUCAUUAUCAGAAGGCAAAAGUAAGAAUACCGAAGCUUUGAAAAUGGUGGAUAAACCACCACCACCACCACCACCAAAGUAAAUGUAAUUAUCACCAGCUCAGCUCAGCUCAGCUCAGCUCAGCUCAGCUCAGCUGCAGAGUCGUCAGAUAUGAAUAAUAAAAGCUAAGCUGAUUGUAAUAGCAGACACUUGGCCUCUCUCGUCAGUGCAUAAAAACAACCAUCAUAGGGUAUCAAUUAACAACAAAGCAGAUAGAUAGCAAAUAACAAAUACAUGACGCAGUCUUUGCAAACAUCGUUCAUGACUAUAAACAGAGUCUGAGAGAAGGAGGACACGAGAUAUAUAAGUAAAAAAGAAAAUGAAAUUAAAAACCUUCACUUUCAAUAUGACCACAAAGGACAC